AUGGCACUUUUAUGUUUGACCAGCGGCUGUGUAAAAGUGGCCGCACAUAUACUCGAGCGCAUGGAUACCAGUGUCGAUCCGUGCCACGACUUUUACCAGUACUCGUGCGGCAGUUUUAUACGCAACAAUCCCGUACCGGAUGAUCAUUAUCUGAAAAAUUUAUUGCAAGAAAUACAGGACGAAGUGUACUUCGAGAUGCGAUCGUAUCUGCAAACAGAAGAUAAUCUCAUCAGCGAUGGUGAGGACAACAGCGGCGGCGGCGGUGGCCAUGCAGUCCAGGCCAUCAAACUGUUGUACAAUUCGUGUAUGAAUGAGACAACCAAUUCUUCGUCAGACGAUGACGACGACGACAACAACGACGCUGACGAUGACCAGCCAAUGGCUGCAUUGUUCCGUGUGUUCGAUCAGAUUGGCGGCCAGUGGCCACUAUUGUCGCCGUCAUCGACAAACUCCUCGUCCAUUGAUUUGGAGCACCGUUUGGCCUCACUAUUGCUAUAUCAAGUUCAGCCGCUUUUCCAGUUUUUUAUUGAACCGCAUCAGUCAAACAAAUCGCAAUAUGCAAUACACUUACUCUACGGUUCAACUGUUCUCGAAUCGACAUAUCUGUUGAGUGGCAGUGACGACACUUUUGUCGAAGAUAGCGACGAAAUUGGCGCUUACGUUGAAUUGCAGUUAGAAAUUGUCAAAUUGUUUGCCAAAUUCAGAAAUAUUAGCCUAAUAUCUGAUGACAACAAUAAUAAUGAUGAAGAGUCGUUAAGACAUGAGAUCCUUGAAAUGGUACGCUUGGAGUCGGAACUGUCUAAAAUAACUAAAGAGACGUCUAGUGAAACAAAUGGCACCGAAAUUAAUAUAAAUUUAGAUGAAUUAAUGACAAAUAGUGAUGAAUCAAUAAAUUUAGUACAUUUGCUAAACAACAACAAUAAUGGAUCAAAUGCUCAAACAAUGUUUCUGAAUGUUACCAUCGAUGAGAUGGAAGACUUAUAUAAAGCAAUUAAAUGGAAAAAAUUGUUUUCAAUUAUUUCAACGGAAGCCGACAUCGAUGUCGAUAUUGUUUUAAUCAAUAGUAGAGACUAUUUGUUACAAUUAAACAAAUUGUUGGAUAGUUUUCCAUUGAAAACCAUUGAUAACUAUCUGUGCUGGGCUUUUGUGGCCCGUUAUAUGCCUUAUUUGGGACCUCAGUUCAGGCGACUGUACUCCGAGUUCAGAACCAAAGUGCCGGAUAUGUCUACCGAAUCGGGCGACCCGUCGGCAGCCUCUAGCCGUGUAUUCCUGUCCCGUUGGAAAGAGUGUGUCCAUGUUGUCAGCGAAGGUCUGGACAUACCGGCUAUUGUACUGUAUUUGAAACAUAAACAACAAGAACUUCAGCUGAAAGCCGAUAAGAUUACGGAUCUGAUUGACAAAAUCAAACGUACGUUCACUGAGAUAAUCGAUGGCCAGAGUUGGCUCAAACAGUUGGACAACAGUGUAGCCAUACGGGAUCUGUUCAAGAGUCGGGUCCAGUCGAUUGAAAGCAAAAUAGGUGUACCGAAAAUGUUGGCCAACCAUACGGAAGUCGAUCGUAUGUAUGCCCGGCUCGAGUUGGACGCCGGCGAUCCGUUUAUUACCAAUAUAUUCAAGAUGUCUAGGCAUCAGAUGCUGAUUGAAUUACAGAAACUGAAUCGUUUGGUCAAUCCUGAAGAGGAAUGGAUUAUUCAGCCGCUGAUAGCCAAUGCCUAUUACGAUCCCAUUACUAAUAAUAUAAUAAUGCCACCAGGAAUAUUAAGAUAUCCAUUGAUUAGCUUGGAAAGACCAAGUUAUUUAGACUUUGCGACACUGGGUAUAGUGAUUGGCCACGAAAUUGCUCACUCAAUGGGAACCGAUUCCCGAAAACUUAUGAACUAUGAAAACGGUACCAAUUGGUGGACAGACGAAAUGACUGACGUCUAUAUGGAAAAGGCUAUCUGUUUUGCUGAUCAAUACUCGCAAUACUUGGUUGAGACCACCGAUGAAUAUCUCAAUGGCAAUCAUACUCUCGAAGAAAAUAUAUGCGAUUUUGCUGGUCUUCAACAGUCGUAUACGGCAUACAAACGGUUCAGUGGUAGUAGUAGUGGUGGCCAUACUUCAUCCUCGACACCAUCACCACCACCACAAUUGCCGGGACUAAGCAACUACAGUAUGGAUCAACUGUUUUUCAUACAGUACGCACAGAUCUGGUGCGAAGUGGUUACCGAUGAGGGACACCGCAAAUCACUACACGAUGAUCACAGUCCCGGCCGAUUUCGGGCCAAUGGAGUUCUGGUCAAUACCGAACAGUUUUCCAGAGCUUUUAAUUGUCCAAAAGGCUCGCCAAUGAACCCGCCGGUCAAAUGUGGCCUCUGGAACUCUGACCAACUCUGACCAUCAUUUCCCGACUCCCCGCCCGCCCGCCCGGGAAAGUUAGUGACCAGAAAAUCUGUCGAUCAAUCAAUCAAUCAAACGACAAAUCAAUUAGAAAUUUUGGGGAAAAAAAUACCCGAAAGUCU